GGCAUUGUCGUGCGAAAGCGUCGUAAGAAAGAGCCUCGUUGUAAAAGCUCCGUUGUGAAAGCGUUGUGACUCAUACCGCUUUGUGUCGUCGUGCAACGUACUUUUGCAUUCUGCCAAGUGAGCCGGAACAAAUUGCCAUUCAGGUGUUUAAUUGUGCAAAUUAUCGGAAUUGGAAGGGUCGUACACAGGUCAUUCGUCGAUUCUCGCAUGACAGGGAGACGUAGAGAGAGAGAGAGAGAGAGAGACUGUCAAUCUCGAUUAUCCCGUUUUGUCGAGUGUGUCUUGAUCGACAAUCGUAUGUCGCAUUUGCAAAGUAAAUGAUAUUAUAUCGAUUUGCUCCUAAAAAAAUGGACAGAAAAAUUUCUCUCUGUCUCGAUGGCUCUUCUUUCCUAAAUUUUACAGCCUGAAUUUUAUCUACAUUUUAUAUUAAACUUUUAUAAGUUUCUUCGGAUGUAAUUGGUUUCCAGUCAAACUCUCAUCGACGAGAAAAUCAUUGAUGCUUUUACGAGUGACUCGAUGGUAAACUGACUCGGUUGUAUCUUAGAAGUCAUUGUCCAAGGUGUAUAGCUUCGUGUUGACAACUUUGUAUGGACGAGUUAUAUGGGUAUUCACUAAUCCAUACCGAGUUCUCACUUGAAGCAUCUCGCGUGAACAAAGUAAACUUGAUGAAAUAAACUUAAUCGCCAUGAAUCGUCGCGAGUAGAUUGUUUCAAAGCCCAGGCAUCGUCGAUGUGGACAGUAAUUUUGCUGAGUCUCAUCUUAAAGUGCCUGUUGAAGAGAUUACGUCGAAUAGAUUCGACGCGAAUCAACACGUGGCAAGUGCAUACGCCUCCAUCGUUAGGACGUCGUUUCGUAGGAGAAAAGGUACAAUUUCACGGAUAAAGCGGGUCAAAGGAAAGAAACACGCGAUAUAAGGCUUUAAUGUGAAAUAUCUCAUGUUAAAUAUUGAGCAAGAGUGAUUAGAGGGAGAGAGAGAGAGAGCGUACGUUACGUACGGUGAAUUCACGGUAUUCGGAGUAGAGAAUUCGAGGUGUCGAAUGCAGCAAAGAUGAGUUUGUUCGCUGGAAGCAUGUGAGUAAAUGGCCGUGAAGGGAUCGUGCCAGUCUUCGAAGGACCUACUAUGGGCAUCUGCCUGGACACUGAUCAGCAAAAUGGAUCGCAGGUGUUCGAGGAAGGCGCAGGUGCUCGAGCAACAGGAAGAUGGCGAGGAGAAGCUGGUCUUUUGGCUACGCCACCAGAUGGACAUUUUCCAAAGCAGAAUGUCGGUCCAGUCAAGUUUGAAAUUCCAAAAGUUCCUGUUAUAUUCGUACUUGGUGGUCCCGGUAGUGGUAAGGUGACAUAUUGCGACAAUUUGAUACAGGAGAAGAAGGGAAUAACACACAUCAAUAUGAUGGAUCUUCUUCAGCAAUAUGCGCUAGGAAAUGAUAUGCAAGAUUUCGGACAACUCAGCAGCAAGACCGUUACAGAAGUACUUAUGCUUGAGAUGAAAAUGUCCCCGGGAGCUAAAGUGUUUCUCGUCAGUGGAUAUCCGCGAAAUAUGCGCGAUGUAGUGGAAUAUGCUGAGAAAAUAAAAAUUGUUAACGGCGUCAUUCUUGUGUCCUGGAGGCAGGAAGUGCUGGAGAGACAAAUUGAUUUCGGGGCGCAACUCGGUCAUGUUAUCAUCGGAUUAGCUAGGAUGGAAUUGCACAAUUUUUACAGAAAUGUCAUGCCAGUUGCGGAAUAUUUUGAUCAAAGCGGAAUGUUGCUCGAGGUGAACGGAGAGCGUAAUCCGAGCGAGGUUUACGUUAGUUUUCGGGAUGCCGUACUUAAAAUUCUCGGUAUGUCGAGUGGUGAGAUUCGAGAUCAGGAUAUACCUCAAUCUCUGGAAGCCGAAGUUGAAGUGGAGAGGAGAAAAGAAUCAAUUUCAAGUUCACCACUAACGAAGCAGCAGAUCGUGCCGUCUGAGAUAACAUCGCCUGUGGUACCAAUAAAUGGAUCGUCAAAAACAGCUGAUAAGCCGAGAAAGGGAUUGCCGUCAUUUAUCUGGGUUAUAGGUGGACCAGGAAGUAACAAGUCGGCUCUGUGCGCUCAAGCCGUUCACAACAUGACCGGUUGGCUACACGUAAGUAUCGGAGGACUCUUAAGAACGAUGGCGUCGUCGAAUAUGAUUGUAAACGAAUCUAUCGUCUCGGGCGAGAUGGUCCCGCACGAUCUCGUGAUGCAAUUUGUGGAGCAACAGAUACUUUUAAAUCGAGACUCGGACGGUAUCGUCAUAGAUGGAUAUCCGAGGGAUUUGAAUCAAGUACAAGAAUUCGAAAGCAAGUUUGGGCAAGAGCCACCGCUGGUGCUACUCGACUGUUCCAAGCUGCAACUUGGACGAGGAAGACUGGACGACAGUGUUUCGGCAUUUAGAAAAAGAUUGGAGCUCUUUCGCGAGGUUUCUCUUCCCAUGUUGAAGACACUAGAUAGCGACAAUCGAUUAACAAUUGUUGAUGGCGACACUGAUGUGCCUAGCGUGCAACAAGAUUUCGCCGUUGCGUUAUACCAAUUGAUGCGCCGGGCGCGUCGUAUAGAAGAGGUCGAUUCUCCGAUGACCAAAGGCCCAAACGAUUCAAAUGGGAAACACACUACGAUCGAUUAUGAAAACGAGCGUUCGAUGCCCAAUGGCGUCGCUAAACAGAUAGUCAACGGUGUGUCCAAUUACGUUGGAAAAGAUGCGACGAAAAAUGGAAUCAUUACUCAAGGUACCAUCUCCAACGGCGUGUUGAAACAGCAAAACGGUCAUCAAAACGGCAUCGCGAAUGGCACGGCGCAUAUACUGCAGAAUGGCAUAGCGCAUUUAGCAAACGGCAUUGCGUCGUCUGACAAAAAUAAAGUCGCACCAGCGACACGCAACUAUUUGCCAAAGGAUCCCAUCAGAAAGAUGUAUAACGAGGUCGAAGGUUAUCAGCAGAAUCUUCACAUGUGACUCACUACGACGAGUCGCAUGUUUUUACACGUCGUGCGAACGGAUCUAGUGAAUUACGCACGACAGACUUUAGAUUUUAAUUAUAUAUACAGUCGGCGCUCGCGUGUCUUUCAACGACAGGUACUGAUGUAUAGUGCCUUGAAACAAAUACGACUUAAACAGUAAAUUAAUAGUUAGAUAUCGUACGUUCACUGUAAAAAGCCAAAAAUGGAGUCGUCAACAGUAUUUUUUCAAUGACAGGAUAAUAAUCAUUAGAGGAUAUUAUACAUGCGCGCGCGCACACACACAACAUAAAUAUAUUAUUACUACUACUAAAAUUUAGACUAUCUAUUAAUAACUUAUUUAUACAAAUAUUUAUGUCUUAAAAAUCUCCCGACGAAUAUCACAUACAUCGUCGAAUUAUAUUUAGCCAGGUUGUAUUACGAUUGUAACAGAGCACAUUUUAUCUGAAGGACGUCCUACAGACUUAAUUUUGGAAUAUCAAUAGGAUAUAUCCUAAGGUAGUCUCAGAUAUGGGUAUCUCAACGACCUCCAAAUAAUAUCCGAGGAAGAAAUAUAUCCAUACAAGAAUAUAUUAUGUGUCUGCCAUUUUUUUAGUUACUGGACGUCAUUUGUACCAAUAUGUCUAGUAUUUGAAUAAUAAUAUCAAGUAUUUUGCGAAAAAUGAUUCAUUGAAUCGACGUCGAUUCAAUGUACAUUUCUCGUUGGCUCGAAAUAGUAUUAAAAUUAUUACUGAUGAUAUUACGUGAGAUACAUAUAAAGAGAUAUUUGGAUAUCGGAAUAUCCCAGGAGGAUAUCAAUCGCAUUUGGAAAUCUGUGUGAGAUAUCCUUAGGACAAAAUGUGCUGUGUGGGAGAGAUGAGACGGGAAUGUGCUAUUUAUAACAAAUCGUUUGAAAUAUAUUGUUUCGGAAUAUACGCGCAAGGAGAGGAUAAAAGUACCUGAUUCGAGAUGAACGAAUAACUCGAUCUGUUUUAUAACUCGAUCCGCGGGCGGAUGUGGUACCAUACGUUAGUCGCGAUUUAACAGAUUUAAAAUAAUUUUUAAAGAUAUCUUCACCAUUAGUGUUAUAAGCCAAUAGUCUCACCGUACAUGUCAAAAUUAUAACCCAAGUGCUCGCGAUCAUUGCGCGGGUUACAGGCGCAAAAAUUUCAACAAAAAUAUCCGGUUUUACUUUUCUUAUCUCCUUUUAUCUUCAAUGUGCAAUCGAAUACGUCUUUCUAAUUACGCGUAGCAGCCGAGAGAGAUGCGAUUAAUUUAAUUUCCUUCUUUUCUCCCUCUCUUUAUCUUCUUCUUUGUGUAAUUUUAUACACAAAUCCUUCAUCUCUAUACAAUUUCGUACUAGCUUAUAUUAUGAAACUAGACACACUGCUCGUUUGUGACUACUUUUUAAGUUUCGCAAAAUAUAAAGGAGUUCCUUUUAUAUGCAACGUUUAUCGCAUUAUAUCGCAUUGUUUAUUUUUAACAAUUCAUUUGAUUGUGUCCAAUUUCACACUUGGAGGAAAUAAUUCGAAUGGUAACUUUGUGAAAACGUGCUAAAUAUAUUUCUCAUGUAGCUCUGGUAAGAGUAUAACUGUAAAAGGGAAUUAAAUUGAUCAAGUUUCUAAAAGACUUAUUAAGAAUAACAAGUUUAAAACAAAUUAGAAACAAAAGUUGUCUAAAGAAAUUUAGAUUGGGAGAAUCAAGCAGAAAUAGAGAUACAGAUGAUUUUUAUUUUAUCGAGGGUAGGGUAGCGCGAGAGAAAACAUUCACGAAUAAUUUAGAAAGAACAUUUUUACAUUUUUUACAUAUAUACAACGUAUAUAUACAAGUAUAUUAUAUUGAUAUGUAACGUAAGAGUUAGCAGCAAGUUUCUUUAGUUAUUGUUUGAUCCAAAUUGAAAAUAAAUUAUGAAGCAAAAAUAUGUUUGUUAAAUAUCGAAUUGAGAGAUAGAUCAAACACACAUAAAUAUAUACGCAAAUGUGAUAAAGAAAAUCAUCAUUCUAUUGCGUCAGAAUGAUUGUUGUGCAUCAUAUAAUAAUCGUAUAAGACCAUUUUUUCAUCUAAAAUAUUAAUUU